GUCUUUACUGGACCCACUGAACUCAAUCUCAAAGAGUGGAUUGUCCUCAGUCCCCACAAUGACAAAAUAAUAGCUAGCAGACAUUCUUGUUGUGUAAUGAGAAUUGAACGAAACGGAAUGUCAAAUUCUCAUUGUUUAACUGUCAAUUCUGUUGGUUGACACUUGACAGAUGAUCUCUGAAAACACUCACAACACCCCCACUCAUUUCUACGAACCCUCUGAAGUCAGCUGGAAGUUAACCUCAAACUCUCGAGUGAUUCGCUCUUGGGACGAGACGCUUUUUACCGGAAUAACACUCCCACAUAAACAAUAAGACACCCAACAAAUCGAGUAAUAAUCAACGAGUAAACUGUCGACUCAAGGAAUGCCAAUGAAGUGUAAAUUCACAGAAGGUGAAAAGGUGCUUUGUUUCCAUGGACCACUGAUCUACGAGGCUAAGUGCUUGAAAUCAUCGGUGUCUAAGGAGAAGCAGGUCAAGUAUUUCAUACAUUAUGCGGGGUGGAACAAAAAUUGGGACGAAUGGGUGCCUGAGAGUCGCGUCCUCAAGUACAACGAGGCGAAUGUCCAGAAGCAGAAGGAGGUGCAGAGGGCCCACGACGCCCAGCAGUCGACCCAGAAGGGGAAGAAGGGGACGUCGGUGGUGAAGACCACAGGGAGAAAGAGUGAUGUCGUUAAGGAUAAAGGUUCAGAGAGCAGGGCAAGUACACCAGUACCUGGUAGUGAUAAAGUGUCUACGAGGGUCAAUAAGAACAGCAGUGGCUCUGUCACUCCCUCUUCACAUGAUUCCUCUUCUGACGCUCCCAGGAAGAAACGAAGCAGAAUCGACCCCUCAGUGGAGACUGAGGAGCAGUUCCUGACGAAAGUUGAAGUGAAAGUGAAACUCCCUGACGAGCUGAAGCCCUGGCUAGUUGACGACUGGGACGCUAUCAGUCGACAGAGGAAGUUGGUGACAAUACCUGCCAGACACACUGUCGACCAGAUCCUCGAUGAUUACGUGAAGUUCAAGACCUCUAGCAAGACUAAUACUCCCAACAAAGAGAGUGCAGUUCUGGAAGUUACAAAGGGUCUUCGAGAGUACUUCAAUGUUAUGCUGGGAACACAGUUGCUAUACAGGUGGGAGAGACAGCAGUAUGGGGAAAUUAUGUCUGAGAAACCAAACACGGCACCCAGUCAAAUUUAUGGGGCUUCGCAUUUACUUCGAUUGUUUGUUAAACUUGGAAAUAUGUUGUCAUACACACCACUAGACGAGAGGAGCAUUCAACUGCUGCUGUCACACAUCCACGACUUCCUCAGGUAUCUCCACAAAAACAGUAGCGAUUUAUUCAGCCUCCAGGACUACGGAGCAGCCCCACCCGAAUACCAUCGUAAAUGUGGAUAAACAAACGAUAAAUUCAACAUCUCCGUAAUUUUCGCAUACGCCGAUCACUCGUAAAUACCAAUCGAGAAUUUUAUCCCCUUUUUUCCGUUGAAUCGUUGACUCCAGUGACGCCUAGAAUAUGUAGAGAAGCUAAGAAUUUUUAUUUCCAUGAGCAGAUGAUAAUUUCUCUUUGACAAUUCCUUUUUUUUUUCCUUUUUCAAAUGUUUGACGAUUAAAAUUUCAGUCUCGUAAAGUAUAAUGUCAAUUUACAGUGUUUGGCAUUCUGUGUCCAAAUUACUUCGUUCUAUUUUGUACAUAAUUUUGGAAAAUACAAAAAUACUGCGAAUCUCA